AUGAUCGAUACUGGAGUCACUCAUUCAUUUAUAACUCAACGUGCAUUAGGUACAUUACAUCAUGCAACAGUACCAUCUUGUGAUCGUAUAGCUCAAUUAGGUGAUGGUCAUACACUGCUCAAGAUCGUUGGUGAAGUACAAUUAUUAUCACAAUUUGAUUCAAUAUUUAUACCUCUGAAGGCUCUCAGCGUCAAAACUAUGAACACAGAUUUUAUACUUAGUAGUGAUUGGUGCGCCAACAAUGCUGCACAGAUUGAUUAUGAUAAUAAUCAAGUAUCUAUACCUUCAUCAACUGGUCGUUUGUUUAUCCCAUAUGAUAAAUCUAUUGACUCUCUAGCUUUAGAUGUUAAAAGUAUUAACGUAAUUAAAUUACCACCACGUGAAUCAUGUACCGUUCAAGCGAAAAUCGAAUUAUCACCGGCUGAUACGGUCUAUUUUUAUCCUAACGAUGCUUCACAACUCGAAAAGCCUAUUAUAAUAUCACCAUCUUUGUUAUACGUAAACAACUAUACCAUCUACUUCGAGAUACACAACCCUCAUGAUUAUACUUAUGCAUUACCUAUGAAUACUGUGCUUGGUCAUGUAACACAUACACCACAUCAAGUACGGUCAUUUCUAUUGUUUGAUCCAUCUACAUGUUCGUCAUCGUCAGCGUUAUUAUCUCAACAUCAUACUAUUAAUACCAUUAAUCUGUGA